AUGUCUGAAGAGAGCAAGACAAUACUCAUCACUGGAGCUGCAGGCUUCAUUGGCCAACGCCUUACGGCGGCCCUCCUCGCCAAACACCCAGAGUACCGGCUAGUCAUCACCGAUAUCGUUGCUCCUACUCUUCCCUCAGGCGUGCACAAUGCAGAGAAGGCAGUCCCCGUCCAAGCCGACCUGAGCGAUCCGGCCUCACUCGCAAGCCUCAUCGCCGCAUCCCAACCUCUGGGAGCUGUCUUUGUCUUCCACGGGAUCAUGUCUUCUGGUUCCGAGGCCGACCCGAACCUGAGCCUCAAGGUGAACCUCGAUGCGACGCGAGCCUUGCUCCUCAAGCUCACGGAGACAAACAGGGGUGUCCGUGUCAUCUAUGCGUCUAGCCAGGCUGUCUAUGGCUCGCCACUGCCCGAUGUCAUCACGGACGCGGUGACGCCGACUCCCGCAGGUGUCUACGGAACGCACAAGCUAAUGACCGAGGUAUUCAUCAACGACCUGCACCGUCGCGGCCUGAUUGACGCGUUCUCGCUGCGCUUCCCAACCGUUUCAGUUCGCGCGGGCAAGCCGACGCAGGCGGCGAGCUCAUUCCUGUCAGGCAUGAUCCGCGAGCCUAUGAACGACCAGGAAUGUGUUAUUCCAAUCAAGGACCGAAGCUAUCGUGCGGUGCUCUCCGGACCUGGGACCCUGAUCGAAAACUUGUUGCGGGUCCUCAAGUUGCCGGGUGACGCCCUGCCGCCUCAUAUUCGUUGGAUGAACUUUCCAGGGAUCUCGGUGACCGUGCAAGAGCUGCUAGACUCACUGGCAAAGAUUGGCGGUGAAGAUAGACUCAAAUACAUCAGGGAGGAAACAGAUGUUGAUAUGGAGAGAAUACUGAGAACCUGGCCUCUGACGAUCGACGACUCCACCGCUGUGAACCUGGGGCUGAAGCGAGAUGAGAGCGCAGAAAGCUUGGUCAGGGAGUACGUCGAGUCGAUUGGGAAGUAG